UCCAGCGGGCUGCUGGAGUCAUGACGGAGAGCGGCGGGGCUCUGGAGCGCCUGAGGAAGUGUUGCUUCCGCUGCCACACACCACACUGUCAGUUCUGGCCUCCAUCUUGCUUCACCCAAGACGAAGCCAUGACUGCCUUCAAGGGCAUCUGGACUAAGGAGUUCUGGCGCUGUGUGGGGGCCGAGUUCUUCGCCAUGCUGCUCUUCGUCCUGCUCAGCCUCGGCUCAACCAUCAAUUGGGGGGCUGUUAGUCAGGAUCCCCAACCCCCUGACCUGGUGCUCAUCUCGCUCUGCUUUGGCCUGAGUAUUGCCACAAUGGUGCAGUGCUUCGGCCACAUCAGCGGUGCUCAUAUCAACCCGGCAGUCACGGCAGCCAUGGUGGUGACCAGGAAGCUCAGCCUGGCUAAAGCGGUCUUCUACCUGCUGGCCCAGUGUGUAGGAGCCAUAGUGGGGGCUGCUAUUCUCUUUGGGGUCACCCCAGCCUCUGUCAGGGGAGGCAUGGGGGUCACAACGGUAAAUACAAGCAUCUCGGAAGGAAACGCUCUGGUCAUAGAACUUUUCAUCACCUUUCAGCUGGUCUUCACUGUGUUUGCUACCUGUGACCACAAACGUAAUGACCUGAAGGGGUCAUCUGCUUUGGCUAUCGGCCUGUCUGUGUGUGUUGGUCACUUGUUUGCUAUUCCGUACACUGGAGCCAGUAUGAACCCUGCCAGAUCAUUUGGCCCAGCUGUGAUCACAUGGAGCUGGGAAAACCACUGGGUGUACUGGGUGGGUCCAACUCUGGGUGGGGCUCUGGCUGCAGCCCUGUAUGUAUACCUGUUCUGUCCGGACCCAGAGCUGAAGAGACGUUACUCUGAGGCCUUCAUCAAGACUCCCUUCACUGCCACUAAACACCGGCAGGACUCAGUCACAGCCCAUGAGCCUCUCUUUACUGUUAUGGAUGUGGAGAGAGCCGAGAGGAAGGAACGAGAGAGGGAGAGGGAGGUGUCGGGGGAGGUGUUGUCCUCCGUAUGACUAGAAAGGAAACACAGUACCGAUGUCCACACUGCCGAUCACCAGUCCACUCUGAAGGAGACUGAACUCCUGUAGACCGGCACAGCAACACUCACAUUACAGAAGGAAGACAGAAAAGAAAUGCAAACCUCUUGAUUAUGUAACACGACUAUGCUGGAUAUUUACUAAAUGUAUAUACACUAUAUGCGUAUAUACAUAUAUAUAUAAAAAAAAUGGAAGAAAAAGAAAAGUGGCAUUGUUAAAAACUGUGUGUUUGUGCUCAUGCAAUAUGUAUUGUGUGUUUAUAUUUCAAGGAAAGAUUGGAACAGAUGCAAACAGAGGAAAAGGGACUGUAGGGAGGAGAAACAGUGAGAGAGAAACAGCAGUGAAGAGAUGCCCCUUCCUCAGUUACACUUCAGACAAUGAAAUAUGUAUUUUUCCUGACUUUUAAUGACUCACAGCAGGCGCAGUUCAGUGUGUUAAGAUUGAAGCAGCCAACAAUACACCUAUCAUUCUUAAAUCUUUACUAGUGCAAGCUUUAGUGUGGCAAACAGUGCCUGAAAUGGACCAGUACUCACAGGUACUUGAGUACACUUACUUCUUACACACCCCUAAACACUGAUUGAUUGAACAUGAUAGACUAGUGUUAGAAGAGUAGGGCUGGGAAAAAAGCGAUGGCUGCAUAAUUGCGCUCCUGCAUAAACCAAGUGGGAGCCUACCGUGAUGUCACCCAUUGGUUUGUGGAGUAGUUUUGAAGCCUUGAGUUUGGCAUUAUGGUCGUCACCAUGACAGUUGGUCAGAGCAUGGUAGCUGUGUUUUAUUGCAGCCAAUGGAGCUGCCCCCUGCUGGCCGUUACAUAGAAUGCAAGUUUAAGACACACGUCAGCUUCAUUUCACUGACCCAAAAGCUCUGUCCAUUAUAUAUACUGUCAAUGGUGUAAACACAUAACUAGCUUAACGUUGAGAAAUCAGUGCUGAAGAUGUCCUCAGUAAAAUGGAUUUUUUUAAAAAGGCCAACAGAUUUAAGGUUAGGGUUAGGUUCAAUUCAGUUCAUUUCAGUUUUAUGUGUAUAGCACCAAUUCAUAACAAAAGUUAUCUCAGGACACUUUUCAAAUAGAGCAGGUCUAGACCGAACUCCUUAUAGAAUUAUUUGCAGAGACCCAACAGUACCACCAGGAGCAAGCACUGGGCGACAUGUUGUCAGGGUUAUGCUGAAUUAGGGCACUGACACCUUUUUUGAUCCAAUUCAGGCACUGGUGGUAACAGAAUCAUUUUGUCUUGAAAGCUUUGUCAGUCUGAGCUGUAUGUGUUACACACGCAGUACAGCCAACAGAGGUUUGUCCUGAGUUUUACUUGCAGGGUCGGAUCAACCCACAAAAAAUCUGUUAUAUGUUCGUGACGCGUUUAUUUAGUAAAAUGCUCAGUAUACUCAGAAUAUAUACUGAAAUAAUAAAGGCCUUACACUAGAUUUUACCACAGGGCACCCGUAUAAGACAGAGGCUUCAACAUAAUACAGGUGAUGCCUUUUAAAGGCUCCCAUCCUUUCAGUUUACAGUGAGCUGUAAUGGUGCACACAGUAUUAUGAACCUAAUUAGCAUUAAUUCAAUUACUAGGAACUAAUCGCCAAACAGUGAACCUGCCUUCAGGGGCCCUAAUGGUUUGAGGCCAUGCGCCAGUUAGUGUUAGUAUUGCUAAGAAUCCCAAGCAUUUCCUCCCAGAUGUGGGUUAAACCAACUGAAGAAGUCCCUAUAAUAUUGUACUCGACAGAUAUGAUAAACUCUCUGAAUGUUUGCAGCACGGAUAUUAUCUGUAUAUAAUUACCCUGAAAUUUCCAAGAAGUUUAAUUGUAAUUGUAAUUCUAAUUACAAUAAUUAAUUGUAAUUAUAAUUACAAAUAACACACAAUAAGCAACUUUGACUAUUGCAGGUGGAUAAAGCUUUUAUUUUGUGAGGACAGGUGAACAUAGACAGGAACAGGGGAAAGAGAAGGGGGACCAUGCAGCGUAGGACCACAGGUUGAGAUUGAACCCAGCUCUACUGUGAAUGAAACAAACAAAAUGCAUUUAUGAAUUUAAUAUGGAGUAAAGGGAAAGAGCAAUCUUCAGUGUUUGAACACAGACGUUACUAGUGACACUAAUUAAGGUUCUGUUCCAUUUAGUGUAAUCUUUCUAGUGAGCCAACAUGCACAAUAGCUGCAUCCUGACUGUUUGACAUAAAUGAAACCGAAGAGCUGCUGUGAAAAAGGUCUAUAAAACAAUAUAUUCUUACCUCAUAUUUCAGCCUUUAUGUCACAAACCCUUAUAUAUUAUAUAUGUGUGUGUAUAUUUGAAAAAUGAAAAAAUAUAUGAACAUUUAUGAAAACAGACAUAUUUAGAAAUAUAUUGGUUGUAUGUAAAUAUAUGUGACCUGUGGACAUAAAUUGACACUUUAUAUGUAAUUUAAUAUAUGGUCAUAUAUUAGACUUUUGCAUGGCUGUGGCUGAUUUAAUGAAAACAAGAUUAUGUUUCAAUAAAUGGAAUUAAUCCUGAA